AUGAGUACCAACAACACACAAGUAGAUGAUACGACUCGUCGCCGGCUACUAAGGGAAGCUAUAGACCUUUUAUCGAGGGCACUAACAGAGAUUGAAAACAUUCCAGGCAGCUCACUAGUUCGCGACAGUAUUCUGAGGGCACACAAUUUAUUAUCCUCGAGUAUCCAAUCUGAUAGAGAGGAUUUUGAGUUGGCAGCUGAUAGAGAGGAUGUGGAGAGGCUAACUCAAAUAAUAGUUGCAACCGAUCAUGUUAACGCAGAAUCUGAAUCUGAGUGUUCGAUUUGCACCGAACCUUUUCAACUUGAUGAAGACGCUAGACAGAUGCCUUGUCAUGAAUCCUACAUAUUCCAUACUCGCUGCAUUCUUCAAUGGCCGGAAAGGCGUAAUACUUGUCCCCUCUGUAGAACUCGCUUAGCCCAUCCGAUAAAUGGAACUCAAGAUUCUCAGAGCGAGGAAUUCGUUACAUCCACAACCUCUAAUAACGGCUAG